AUGAGUGCCAUAUUUUUAUUUGAAGAUGGACAUGGAAAUGUCGUUGAUGAGAAUGGUGGCCCUGAGCCCAUGGACUACAUUGUCGAUCAGAAUGAGUUUGUUGUUGAGACAAUUGCCACUCACGCUGAUUACUUGAAAAGUGCAGCUUCCAGCAAAUCUUCUUUGGCUUGUCCAAUGCGAAUAGACAAGCCAAAAGAUGAAAUCAUUCAUAUGAAGGGGACCAGAGUGAAACGUAAUUAUGUGCGCUAUACUGUGCAGGAUAAGGUCAGAUUUUUCGACCUGAAGAUUGAAAAGUGUAUGAGUGCAUCAGCUGCAGCGAAGCAGUUGGGCAUUCACAUUCGAACAGCACAGAGAUGGGUUAAGCAAUACAGCGUGUGCCCUGAUAGUAUUUUUGACUGCUGUAACAGAGUAGGUCGCAAGGGUAUUCUUACCGAAGAACAUAAAAAGACUGUUACUAACUUCAUUGAUGCUAAUCCCUCUGCUUCUGUUGUUGAAGUUACCGAGCAUUUAUUGAAACGGUUCAACGAUCAUAAAGUUUCGCGUAGCACUGUUUAUAACUUUAUGAGAAGUGAAUGUAACCUUUCGUUGAAAAAAGCAGAUUUUCAUUCUAUCGAAAGAAACAGCCCGAAAAAGAUUGAGGAACGGUGCGAAUGG